AUGGACGACACAGGCGGGGCAUUUCAACUCUUCGGCAUACCUGCCAAGGCAGCUAAAUACCUCAGACGGUCACCUCGCAUCGCGGACCAACAGGCUAGGAAAGCCGAACAAGAAGCGUGGAGCACCUGCGGCGAGCCCAGCCAGUCCGUCUCCUCCGACAUACAUCCGGUUCUAAGACACGCCAAUUUUGAAUGUUACAGAAUCUUAUGCAACCGUUGUAGUCUAGUAAUUGAUGACUGCGUCGAGAUGCUCAACGACUUCCAUCUUUGCCUUGAUGGUGCACUGAAUUUGACUGGGGAUGAACUCAAAUUUCGGAUUCGAUGUAUUCUGGAAACAAACAAGGUGUGGGCUCGUGGUUUGAAAAGGCAGCAAAGCUGA